UGCGAAUGGUUAAUGUCUUCAAUGUCUAAUGAAUUAAAUCUGCCCACAACAAUUUCUUCCCCAGAUCGCACUUUGUUUUAUAAUUAUCGUAAUUUUAAUGAUCGUAAUCACAAUAACCAUUUUUUCGGAAAGAGCAUUUUUGAGGUAUAAUUACUCUGCGGUACAGUGCCUUUUAUGCGUGCGACCCUGGAUAUAAUUCAUUAUUUAUUGAAAAUCUGGUAAAACCGCAAUUCAUAAAAGACAAUAAGUGAGUGCACGUAUUUUUAUGAGAAAUCAUCGCUUUUAAACCGCUCCGCAAACUCUUUGUAAAAAUGACGAAUUACAUUUGCCUGAUAUUAGUUUUUGUGCUUGUUGUUAAUGGCGACGAAGAGAAAUGGACAAUGAAAACGACACGUGACGGAUUGGAUUCGUAUAACAAUUGCGUCAAUGAGCUGAACAUUCCAGCUGAUGAUGUGCUGAGAAUUGAAAAAAUUUCCGAUCCACUCAAUCGUCAAAUCCUGGAAUGUGUGUACAAUGACUUAGGCUUUUACACCGAGGGCAUAGGAUUCCGUGUCGACAGAAUUGUGCAACAAUUUGGUGGUGGUCCAGUCAUGCAAAAUGUUGUGACAAUGUGCAUUCCAGUCGGUUCGAAUGAUCCAGUCGCUGAUCAAAUUAUUGAGGUUGAAGAGUGCUUUAGGAUGGAGAAGGUUGGAGGAUAUCAAGAAUAAAUUCAUGUCUAGUGUUGAACGACUCAUUGAUGAUAAUGACGAACCGUUAUCUUAAUAAAAUAAUUUUCAGUUUUGUGUACGUACAUA